UUCACACAAAUAUAUACUACUCAUGUCACUGACAUGUAAUAAAAAACAUACUAAUUUACUAUACUUAAAGGCUUCUUGACAUUUUACCAAUUAUGUUCAAAAUGGUUACCCACCCAUGCUUAUGGUACACCCCAAAACUGAUCAUAUGACACACUGAGUCAACAUGAACGCUUAAAAAGAACAACCUCCCUCGGUUGGGUUAGUUUUUACAGUCAGUCUUUGAACUAAAUUAGAGAAAUUGUCGCGAUGCCGAUGUGUGGAGGAACCUCUGAGGCAAAGGACGCCGAUGAAAACGUCCAGCAGAUCUGCGAUCAGAUGAAACCUCAUGCGGAGCAGAAAGCAGGAAAGACAUUUGAUGUGUUCACUGCAAAAAGCUUCAAGACGCAGGUCGUUGCUGGGACCAACUACUUCAUCAAGGUCCAUGUGGGCGGAGAUGAUCAUAUUCACCUCCGGGUUUGGCAGAAACUCCCAUGUAAUGGAGGAGAACUCGAGCUAAGCAAUAUUCAGCACUCCAAAAGCCACCAUGAUCCAAUUGAGUACUUCUAAUACCAUGUUGAUUGCAGACCAAGCAAACACCCAGUGCCUCCAGGCUGCAGUCUAAUUGUAAUCAGUUAAUAUCUCGCCUAAUUCUGGUAAAUAAUGUUUUAUGCAGUUACUGUGUCUCAUAUGUAAUAACAAACUGUACGUGCACUGUAGGUCAUAAACAAUAGGGGUGUAUUUCUAAUUGUAUUCCUAAAGGGAACAAUUUUUUUUACAAGAUGCAUGAAUAAUAAAGCAGAUCUGUUGUGAUUUCAUUUUUUCUCACUCCACUUUCUGCUGUUGUGUGUGUGAUGUGUGAACUAUCUUCAUGCCUCGUGGCCACUCUGAGUUCAGCUGGAAAAGCGUCCAGACACGGUGGCAAAUAACAAUUUUGAGAUUGUCAUUUACCAAACA